AUGGCCAACUCAGACAUUGAAGUCGUGUUUCACCAUGGAGGGAAAUUUGAGAAUAAUGGGACAUUUGGAUAUCACUAUGGUGAAACCACAACUUUAAAAAUAGACCCUGAUCGAUGGAGUUAUUUUGAAAUAUUAAGCAUUCUAAAGGAGAUGGGUUAUAGGAAUGUAAAGGACUUAUGGUAUUCAUUGGGUUGUGGUCCUGUAUUAGAAGAUUGUUUGGAACCUUUAUUAGAUGACAAGGGUGCUUGUCAUCUGAUCAAUAUUGCUAUGUUGAAUGGUGAAGCUCACCUUUAUGUUAUACAUAGGGUGUGUGAACCUGAGUAUCUUCUGCAGUUGGAAUACAUUUCUGAACCCCAAAUUGAUAGACCUAGUGGUGAAGGACAAGUUGAAAGAGAGAGUGGUGAUUUUCAAGUUGAUAGACCUAGUGGUGAAGGAGAAGUUGAGAGAGAGAGUGCUGAAAAGCAAGUUGAGAUAGAGGUUGGUGAAGCACAUGUUGAGGCAGUGGGUGAAGCAGAGGUUGAGACAGUAGCACCUGAGGUAGAACCUGAAUCAGAAGUUGAGCCAGAAAUGAUAGAAGUUGAGGUUGAUGUAGUGGCUGAUGUAGAGGCUAUGGUAGAAGUUCAGACAGAGGCAGUGAUUGAUGUACAACCUGAGGUAGAACCUGAAUCAGAAGUAGCCCCAGAAAUGAUUGAAGUUGGGGUUGAUGUAGUGGCUGAUGUAGAGGAUGUCGUAGAAUUACAAUCAGAGCCAGUGGAGGAUGUUGGUGUGGAGGCACAGGUUGAGGUACAGGAUGAUGGUGUGGAGGCACAGGUUGAGGUAGAGAGUGAUUCAAAUGCUGAGGGAAACAUGGCUGUUGGUGUGAAUGGGGACGGGCAGUCUGAUGUGGAGGGGCAGGCAGAAGUAGAGGGUGAGGUAGAGGGUGAGGUAGAGGGUAAUGGAGUAGAAGCUGAUGAGUAUGAUGUUAGAAGUUGGAAUGGGUCCGAAGAGGAUGUAUUGACUGACCAUGGAGAUGAAGUGGGAUUUGAUAUAUUUGAAGCUACUAAUGAAGUUGAAUUUGGUGGACCUAGGCGUUUAUCUGAUAGUGAUUGGGAAUCCGAGAGUUUGAACAGUGUUGUGGAAAGUGAUAACACAGAUGAUGACAAGGAUGGGUAUGGGGAUUUUGGUGUUUUUUCAAUGCCCAAAACUAUGGAACAAUAUAAAUGGGAAGUGGGCACGUACUUCAGUGACAAAAAAGAUUUUACAGAAGCUAUAAGAUCGUAUCGAGUAGAGAAUGGUAGAAAAUUAGCCAUUCCACCAAGUUGGUCAGGACAAAAAAUUUUUGAGGUCAGACACAUUUCAAUGAUGAGUGACAAGUAUGUGGUUGACAGAGAUAAACUGGAAUGCAGUUGCAGAAAGUGGACUUUAACAGCCAUCCCAUGCUGUCAUGCACUAUCUGCCAUGACAUUUAUCAACAUCAAUGGAGAAGACUACGUCCCACAUUGGUUUACAAAGUCAACCUACCAAGAAACAUACAUUCCAAUCAUCUACCCUGUCAAUGGUCCUCAGCUAUGGGAAAAGACUUCUCAGCCUGAUGUUUUGCCUUCAACUAAAAGAGUGUUGCCUGGUAGACCAAAAAAGAAGAGAAGGCUAGAGGCUUGGGAGCUAAAGAAGGAUGACACACAACUCAAGCAAAAUGGAACUCGUAAGAGAUGUUCCAUAUGUAGACAGCUUGGUCAUAAAAGAAAUAGUUGUCCACAAGCUCCUCCAGCAAACCAAAGUCAAUAUCAAUCAACUCAGCAACCUGAAACACAAGCUGAAUAA